AUGAUGGAAGAGAAGACUUUAGACGUGAUGGCCGAGUGCAUUGAUGAUUGUGCCAUUAUUCAUCAAGAAUACCACUCGUAUUUACCAUUUUCUGCAUCCGCACUGUCUAAUAACGAUGAAAUUAGAAUUUCAAUUCAAAACUCUAAAGGGUAUUCAAUUCCUAGUCAGAGUUAUUUGUAUAUUGAUGGUAAACUAGAACGCCCGGCAGGAGUUAGCGGUGACAUUAAGUUUAUAAAUAACGGAUUUGAUUAUUUAUUCUCAGAACUUCGUUAUGAAAUUAACGGAGUUGAAAUUCAAAAAGUACGAAAUCCUGGAAUUACUUCAACUUUAAAAGCUAUGUGCUCGUAUACCAUGGGUGAAAUUAAUGAAUUAAGUGCUAUUCGGUUUGACGCAAUAAAUUUUAACAAUAGUGGUUUCAUGAGUGGAGACAAGUUUUCAGUGUGUUUGCCCCUCAAACAUUUCUUUGGAUAUUUUGAGGAUUAUAAAAGAAUACUUAUGAACUUUAUUCAACAAUUAAUACUUAACAGAGCAUCAAAUGAUGUUGAUGCGAUACAAGUAUUCGAUACUAAUACUACCGCUGGACCCGAAUUAGCGAAGACUAAAAUAAUUUUGAACAAAGUAUUNCUAGCGACGACUAAAAUAAUUUUGGACAAAGUAUUGUGGAAAAUGCCUUUGGUCAAAGUAUCAAACAAAGAAAAAUUGAAGUCAAUGAAGGUGAUUGAUAGUCACAAAUCUAUUAAAUGUCCAUUUAGAACUUGGGAAUUGGCUGAAUAUCCGUUUUUACCUAAAGCUUCGCAACAUUCUUGGACGGUGCGAACAUGCAAUAAUUUAGAAAAACCAAGAUAUGUUAUUAUCGGUUUUCAAACAGAUCGUAAGAAUAUGGGAAAUAAGUCUAUGNAAUCGUAA